GCGUGGGAGGGUGCCGCGGCGGCGGCACGGCUGACGUGGAGGGUCCGGGUUAGCGGGCUAGGCGAGCUGCGGGAUUGGGGAUCGCCGGGCCGGGCCGGGCCCUUGGGCCCGAGGCGGCGGCGGCGGCAGUAUAAAGCCGGCGACGGGGAGCAUGUAAUGUCGGAAUGCGGAGGCCGCGGCGGCGGCAGCAGCAGCAGCGACGACGCCGAGGACGAGGGUGGGGGCGGCGGCGGCGGCCCCGCGGGUUCACACUCCCUCACCCCGGCCCGGGUCGGAGAGUCCUCGGCGGGCCGGCUCCGCCGUGGGCUGCGCGGCGCCUCCCUCAUGGCGCGCCGGCGGCCCGAGCUGCUCUGCGGGGCCGUGGCGCUCGGCUGCGCGCUGCUCCUCGCCCUCAAGUUCACCUGCAGUCGAGCAAAAGAUGUGAUAAUACCAGCAAAGCCACCUGUCAGCUUUUUCUCCUUGAGGUCUCCAGUCCUUGACCUCUUCCAAGGGCAGCUGGACUAUGCAGAGAACAUUCGUCAGGAUUCAGAGGUGGUCCUGCUAUUCUUCUAUGCCCCAUGGUGUGGACAGUCCAUCGCUGCCAGAGCAGAAAUUGAACAAGCAGCAAAUCGGCUUUCAGACCAGGUGUUGUUUGUGGCAAUUAACUGUUGGUGGAACCAGGGGAAGUGCAGAAAACAGAAACACUUCUUUUAUUUUCCUGUAAUAUAUCUAUAUCAUCGGAGUUUUGGACCAAUCGAAUACAAAGGCCCCAUGAGUGCUGUUUACAUUGAGAAGUUUGUCCGCCGGGUGAUGAAACCACUUCUCUACAUCCCAUCUCAAUCAGAAUUACUAGAUUUUCUCUCAAACUACGAGCCUGGAGUACUUGGGUACUUUGAGUUCAGCGGCUCACCCCAGCCUCCCGGUUAUUUGACCUUCUUCACCUCAGCAUUACACUCAUUAAAGAAAGAUUACCUAGGAACAAUACGAUUUGGGGUUAUCACAAAUAAACAUCUUGCGAAACUGGUAUCCUUAGUACACUCUGGAAGUGUGUAUUUACAUAGACAUUUCAACACAUCACUUGUCUUUCCUAGGGAGGUCAUGAACUACACAGCUGAGAACAUCUAUAAAUGGGCCUUAGAAAACCGGGAGAUGCUUUUUCGAUGGCUGCGGCCACAUGGAGGCAAGAGUCUCCUGAUGAAUAAUGAACUGAAGAAGGGACCAGCACUUUUUUUGUUCAUACCUUUUAAUCCCUUAGCUGAAAGUCAUCCUUUAAUAAAUGAGAUCACCGAAGUGGCCUUGGAGUACAACAACUGUCAUGGAGACCAGGUGGUGGAGCGUCUCCUUCAGCACCUUCGGCGAGUGGACGUGCCAGCACUGGAGUCCCUGGCACUAAAAUCACUGGCACAGCUGCCAAACCGGCCACUGAUCUCAGCGUCCCCCUGCUGCAACACUGUGGUGCUGCCCCAGUGGCACUCCUUCUCCAGGACCCACAAUGUUUGUGAACUGUGUGUCAACCAGACCGCAGGGGGCAUAAAGCCAAGCUCGGUCAGCAUGCCACAGUGCAGCUUUUUUGAGAUGGCAGCAGCUCUGGAUUCUUUCUACCUCAAGGAGCAGACCUUUUAUCAUGGGACAUCUGACAGCAUAGAAUGCAGCAAUUUUUUAACUUCCUAUAGCCCUUUCAGCUACUACACUGCAUGUUGCAGGACCAUAAACAGGAGUGUGGUGGGCUUCAUCGAUUCUGAACAAGAUGUCUUUGGAGCCCCAACCAUUGCAUUUUCUUCUCUGGAGAAGAAAUGUGAAGUUGAUGCCCUGAGCUCUGUUCCUCACAUUGAGGAGAACAGGUAUCUUUUUCCUGAAGUGGAUGUAACUAGCACAGACUUCACAGGCUUGAGCUGCAGAACCAACAAGACCCUGAACAUCUACCUUUUGGAUUCAAAUUUAUUUUGGUUAUAUGCAGAAAGACUGGGUGCUCCGAGCUCCACUCGGGUGAAAGAAUUUGCCACAAUUGUUGAUGUGAAAGAAGAGUCUCACUAUAUCUUGGAUCCAAAACAAGCUCUUGUGAAGUUCACCCUAGAGUCUUUUAUUCAAAACUUCAGCAUUCUCUACAGUCCCUUGAAAAGACAUCUCAUUGGAAGUGAGUCUGCCCAGUUUCCUUCUCAGCAUUUAAUCACUGAAGUAACAACUGAUACCUUUUGGGAAGUAGUCCUUCAAAAACAGGACGUUCUGCUGCUUUACUAUGCACAGUGGUGUGGCUUCUGUCUAUCCCUCAACCACGUCUUCAUCCAGCUAGCUCGUCUCCUGCCCACAGAUACAUUCACUGUGGCAAGGAUUGACGUGUCUCAGAAUGAUCUUCCUUGGGAAUUUAUGGUUGACCGUCUUCCUACUGUCUUGUUUUUUCCCUGCAACAGAAAGGAUCUUAGUGUCAAGUACCCCGAAGACCUCCCCAUCACCCUUCCAAACCUGCUGAGGUUCAUUCUGCAUCACUCAAACCCUAUUCCCCCCCGGAACAUGGCUGACCCUCCUACCAAAGAAUGUCUGCAGAGCGAGGCAGUCCUACAGCAGGGGCACAUCUCCCAUUUGGAGAGAGAGAUCCAGAAGCUGAGAGCAGAAAUAAGCAGCCUGCAGCGAGCACAAGGGCAGGUGGAGCUCCAGCUUUCCAGCGCCCGCAGGGACGAGCAUCGGCUGCAGCGGCAGCAGCAGGCCCUCGCGGAGCAGCACCGCCUGCUCCAGCAGCAUAGCACACAACUGCAGGCCCUGUACCAGCAUAAGACCCAUGAGCUCGAGGCACUGGCCCGCAAGCUGCAGGAACUGGCUGACGCCUCAGAAAACCUCCUCGCUGAGAACACGUGGCUCAAGAUCCUGGUAGCGACCAUGGAGAGGAAACUGGAGGGCAAGGAGGGAGCUGAAGACCUGCCUCCCCCAAGAAAGGCACACCCUGAGCAUCCCGAGCCUUCAGGCACCCCCCGGUUACCCAGCAGCUCCCCCUCACCUUCCAACAUCAGCUCCACGCUGACGUCCGAAAGGAGCAACGAGAACAGGACAGACUAACUCUCAAAAUGACAUGAAGAAAUCAGAGGUGAAAACUGUACAUUGGGAAUAUAUUUAUGCAAAUUUUAUUGAAAUUUAUUGUAAAUAAAGAUUUUCUCAGUGGUUUAGAAAAUCAA